AUGUCUCUAGGUAGCUUUGAGAAUAUCGGAGCGUCUAGAAGGGAAUGUAACAGUAAAAUAUUGCGAUUCGACCAAGCUUGUUUACAAAUUGGUGCUGAACAAGUCGAAUUUUGGAGUCAAACUGCAGAAUGUGAAGGUUGUAUUUUGCAGAAGAAUGCUACUAUUGAAGGAUACGAUUCAGUGAUCGUAGACACAAGAAACCCUCUAAUAUACUCUAUUAGAAACAAGUCUGCGGAGGUAUGCAAUGGCACCUACCAGUUUGGUGAAUAUGGCCAGUACAUCAUCAACACGACUGAAGUUUCGAAGACACACACGUGCACGCCCCGGAUGACGGCCGAGCCUGACGCUGCCUACCUGCCGAUCUUGACCCUCGUCGUCAUACUCCUGGCCAUGGCCACGCUUUGGUACAUCAUCAAGGGAAUUGGAAAGAGAAUAGUGGCUGGCAGAAUUUACGCCAGAUAUUUCGCAAGAGAGGACAACGAGUUGGGCUCCGAGACCCGCGUGCUGACAGCAGAAGCCAGCGUACCGCGCUCGCCAACUCGCGCCCGUCUCCGCUCCCUUGACAUAUUCAGAGGAUUCUCUAUUGCACUCAUGAUCUUUGUGAAUGCAGGCGGCGGUGGAUAUGGAAUCUUUUCCCACAGCGUGUGGAAUGGUCUAACUGUGGCUGAUGUGGUGUUCCCGUUCUUCGCCUUUGCAAUGGGAGAGGCGCUUGUGCUCUCUCUCAAUGCCAGGCUUAGGACAUCUUUGCCCAGGAUCUCUGCACUCCAGCAGGUGGCUCGGCGAUCUCUGACGCUGUCGCUGAUCGGCGUGGUGCUGAGCUCGUCGAACGUGUCGUGGGUGGACGUGCGGCUGCCGGGCGUGCUGCAGCGGCUCGCCGCCAUGUACCUCAUCGUGGGCGCCAUCGAAUGUGCCGCCAUGAAGACCAGCCAGAACAUCACACCCGGUCGUUCUCUGUUCCGUGACAUCACUGCUGGUUGGCCACAGUGGUUGGCGACCCUUGUGCUUGUAGCUAUACAGGUGUGCACGACGCUGCUGGUGGCUGCGCCGGGGUGUCCGCGCGGCUACAUGGGCCCUGGAGGGCUGCACCUGUCCAUCACGCACGGGGACAAGCUGCAGAACUGCACCGGGGGCAUCGCUGGGUAUAUCGAUAGGCACGUGCUGGGCUCGUCCCACCUGUACAAGGGCGGCACGUUCCGUGAGGUGUACCGCACGACGCUCCCGCACGACCCCGAGGGGCUGCUGGGCGUGCUGUCGGGCGUGCUGGUCGUGCAGGCGGGCGCUCACGCCACUAGGAUCAUGCUCGCUUACAACCACGCCAGGGCUCGAAUUAUGCGCUGGGUGUUCUGGUCGAUAGUGUUCGGCAUCACCGGCGGCGCUCUGUGCAUGUUCUCCAAGAAUGGCGGCGUGAUCCCCGUCAACAAGAACCUGUGGUCACUUUCUUACUGCCUUGUGACGUCAUCCAUGGCACUCUUCAUUCAAGCCGCUCUGUACUUUAUUGUUGAUCUGAAGACUAAGUGGGGUGGAAGGCCGCUGUAUUAUGCCGGUCAAAACGCGUUGUUCCUGUACAUCGGCAGCGAGCUCCUGAAGAAGAACUUCCCGCUGCACUGGGCGCUGCACGGCCCCACGCACGGACAGCUGCUGGCCGUGCACGCCGCCGCCAUGCUCAUUUGGCUCGCCGUCGGAGUCGCGCUGCACAGGAAAAGGAUCUUUAUCACCUUGUAA